CACGAGAUCACAUGUUGAACAGGCAGCGAUAUUUACUUCCCGCUACAUCGGCACCGAGCUUGCUCGCAUUUCCAUGUAAUUUUUUUUUGGUCUUGUGUUGAUGUUGAAUUUACCUAGUACUAACUUGUCAUACAUGUAACCGCCCUUAUUCUAUUUCUUCAGGAAAACAUGACCGGAUCCCCGCCACCACCAUCUUCAAGCGCCAAAGUAGAGAAAUCUGCACAUGCGGCCGAAUUGGCACGACUGCGGCGUCUUCGACUCCGUGCCGCGGCGAGAAUCUUGGCGCUGAGUGGCGAUAGCAGCACGCACGGAGAGACCGCGCGAAGCGUCGCCGGGCCCAUACACAAGAAAGAGGACCAGGAUUUGGCAGGAGACCACGAGGGCUACAGCCACGACCACGACCUCUCGGGAAUAAAACAGGUAGGCGACCACAACAAACUCCAUCCUCACGAUCACCACUCCGUAGGCGCUGGUGGGCACAACCAUCCUCACCAUCAUGCCCCGGGCGGGCACCAGCACCACCAUCACCACGAACCCGAAGAUGGAGUGCAGCAUUUGCGGAAGAAAAACGCGCACCACGACGAUAUGAUCCAUGGGGACGAACACCACACAGUUCUUAAGGACGGUAGUUUUUGGGGCCGGGUGCGGCCGAAGGUGAAGACCUUUGUCGCGAUGAAGUCGCAAAUGAAGACUGUUUCGGCCUGGAGCCGGAAAGUCAAGCUGCUGAAGGAGGUUUUGCACGCCGCGAAGCCGGGCUUUCGCAUCCGGCGCGACCGCGAGCUCGACCGGCAGAUCGAGAUGCAAUUUAGCGGCGGCUCGCAGGACGACAACGUUGGGGACGGCGUGGCGUCGCGCCUGAAACGCUCGGCCUUCUCCACGCGCACGCGCUCGUCUUUCGCAAAUCUGAACGACUUGACCGAGGCGCUCUCGUACGACCACUUUGCGGACACCUACACCGCCGACAACGCGGACGAAACCGAGGUGAUGGCGCCGGUUGUGACCCCUGGCGGCGCGGCCAGCAAGAGCCCCUCGGAUGAUUCUCUGUCGAGGAUGCGAGACGAUGGGGACGGGCCAGUUGCGUCGCCGCUGCAGUGGGCCCAGGGUGUGCGGCCCCCCGGCGGCCUCCGGUCCCGCCAGGGCCGGUUCGCGCGGUGGUCCCAGCUGCGCGCCAACCACCUUUUGCGGAGGCACGCGGAGGUGCAGCAUGUGCACAACACUACCAACGAGGUGGCGCUGACGGAAGACACCCUGGAGGAGGUUUUCGACCGCGAAAAGUUGCGGGACCUAAGCAAAACGUGCAAGACCGCGCGACACGCGUCUGCCGCCGCCGACAAGGCCCGCGUGGACGCCUACAACAGAGCCUAUCGCGCGAAAAUCAUCGCGGAGCGCAAGCGGGAACGCAUCGCGGCCAUGGCCGCGCGGGCCGGGGUCACCGAGGAGGCGGACGCGAAAGGGGACGACAAAGACACGGACGGGGAGUCGUCCGAGGGCGAUCCCGACGACAAUUUUCGGGAGCUCACCAAGCUCGAGAACAUGAUCAGCAACUGCAAACGCGCGAAGGAUAGCAACGCAAAGUUUGACGAGCUGCGGAAGGUGUUCCCGCGCGACGUGCAGCAAUACCUGCGGCCGGAGGUGUUCUGGAUGGACGACGAGUGGCUACGUAACCCCUCGAUUUCGCGGUUCGGCUUCCUGGACGACGAAGCGAAGCGCAAAAUUGCUAUGGACCGCAUUCUGUCGUCCGUCACGGUGCGCAAGGACGCCGGGCCCGUCUCGUUUAAGAAAAGCGCCAAGAAGGUGAUGGCCAUGAAAAUGGCGGGCGCGGGGAUCAUCGGAAAAUCGUCGCACAAAAAGGUCAAGCGAUCGGUCAGUACCAUGUUUGACAACCGGAGGCAACAACUACCUGGGAUUCCCGGUGCCGCGUCGCCGGUGCGCGGUAAUAGUCCUGUUGGCUCGCCGAGAAGUCGUCUUGCAAGUCCAGCAGCUGCGUCUGCCUUUUCGUCACCUCGUGGCCGCGGUGGAGGAGUGCCUGGAACUGGUGCUGUUGGGUCCAAAGUGUCGUCUCCGCGAACAGCGUACAAGCAGCCGGUUUACAUGCUUCGAGCGUUCACUCCCGUCGCGAGUCGUGCAAAUAGUCCAAACGACUCUGGAGGUGGAGGUGCGCCGCAAAAAGUGUGAAGUGCAUGAAAAUCUUGAGUUGAAGUCACACUGAAUUUGGAAUACGAGCCUGAAGCGGAGAGAGCCGCUUAGGCAUACAACUGUGCUGCUUUUUGCUACUAGGUCGUUCGCGUAUCAUCUACUGGGUCAAUGUUUUCGGGAACAAAUGCUACGGAUUUCAUUUUCAAAUUCGCACUAAAUGUAUGACAUUCACGUUCAUCUUGUACAAUACGCUUUGGAUUUUGAGUAUCGUGCUCUUUGAGAAAAAAUGUACAAAGGUUUCAUCUCGAUUGCGGCUACACGACUGGGAAUAUGUCAUUUUUGGCUCUGGCAAGCUAAUGCAAUUCAUCCG